AUGCCACCAAAAUCCUGGACCCCACGAGCCCCCAUGAACCCCCCCCACUCUUUCCUUCAUUAUACGCCCAAGAGCCCCCAAGAGCCCCCCGCCGCCCACACUCAUGGCUUCGCCUUUGGCUUCGCCUUUGGCUUCGCCUUUGGCUUCGCCUUCGGCUUCGCCUUCGGCUUCGCCUUCGGCUUCGCCUUCACCGCACGAGGGCGGCGGCUUGGACAGGUGACUGCUUGGGACAAUUCUGCCCGCUGUAGGCUGCCUCAACCAGCUGUUGCCCCAAUAAGAUGCAUAUCCCCCUUGGACGUGUUUUUUUUUCUGUAG